CGUCAUCCUCAUUUCUCAGUUCCUUAUCGGCGUCCUCCUCCGACCUCCCCACGUUCGACGGUUCGAAGCCUCGGAGGGAAACCACCAAAAAUUCUCCCAAAACCCUUCGCUCAUUUGGUUUCCAUAUGAAACGACCGCCAAAAACUUCCUUCCCAAAAAAUGAGGCGCCGGAACCUAAUUGUGCAUUCUGAUUCCGACGAGGACGACGGCGAGGGCAUGACCACCGCCACAACCCCCGCCUCAGUUUCAGCUUCCGUCGCUAGCGGCGGCGUAAGCGGCAGCGGAAGCGUCGGCCGGCCCUCGCCCCAAAACCUCAGCCCCCUACCAGUCCCCUUCCCGUCACUCUCGCUAUCUUCUGCCCCCUUCGUCAUCUCCGAUGACGACGAGGACGUCGACGAGAUCGUGGACCCUGACGGGGACUCUCCCAUCGUUGACGCCCCUGAGGUCUUCUCCCCGCCAGCUCCUCCCGCGCUCCAUGCUCCCGCUCCCGCUCCCCCUUCCCCUCCCCCUCCUAUCACUACCCCGUCCCAGACCCCAAUCCCGACUCCACCUUCGGCACGGACCCCGACCCCGACUCCGCCUUCGGCGCGGACCCCGACCCCGACUCCGCCUUCGGCGCGGACCCCGGCCUCAAUAGCGCCUCCGCACCCGUCCCCGCUGAGCGGCCGGUUGCGCCCGGUGGACGAGUUCCUGCGGCGGCUCGGGUUGCUUCUGCGGCCGGACUGGCUCGAGUCCUGCGCUGCGGGGAUUCCCGGCUUCGACGGCCUCGGUGGUGUUGAGGCGCAGGCCAGGCGGUGCUUCGAGCAGUUUCUCUUCGCCGAUAUGAACUCUUGCGGUGCUGGGGUGCUGCCGGAGGGCGUCGGGGGCAUGCACGCUGAGUUCCUUGAUGGCCCCUUCGUGCUUCAGGUUGAUGAAGUUGUCAAUAUUUCAGUUCCUUUAAAGGAAAGGUAUCGUGAAGCACCGGCAGGACCCAAAAGGUGUUUAAAACUAUCAAUGACAGAUGGCAUACGACAUAUAUUUGGAAUGGAAUACAGACCCAUCAAAGACCUGACAGUUCUUGCUCCUGCUGGUUUAAAGAUUAUUGUAAGGAAUGUACACACAAGGAGGGGUCUUCUUAUGCUAGUUCCUGAGGCUGUUGAGAUUCUUGGUGGUGUAGUUGACGAAUUGGAAGCAGCGCGUGCCAGACUUGUUUCUGAAGUAAACAAACCACCUCGUGGCAAAAGUAAACAGGGUGGAUUAUCUUUGUCUUCAAGAGCUACGCGAGCUGCCUGGCCAUGUAGCACCGAUAUUACAAAUGGUGUUGCGCAGGGGAUCUCAAUGCAAAGAGCAGUUAAUUCCUCGUAUCCAACAGGAUCAGGUAAUGCUUUCCAGGUUGGUGGAGCUACAGAAACUGUGGUUGAAGAGCUUGUUAGCCCUCUUGUAGCAAACCGUGUCCAAGAAAUCAACAUGCAGGGCUCAUAUGCUUCUCUUACCAGGGAAACUACUGAAACUUCUAUGCAUACUACCCAUGAAUAUGAUCCCACUCAUAUCACUGAAAAAAGUACAGGGACCGUCAUGGAAGAACGUCCUGAUCCUCCUAUUCUAGCAAACAGUGUCCAUGAACAAAUGCAGCGAGUCCAACCUGCUAACGGUGCACAAUCUUCAAAUGUUGGCAAGAUCAAUCAGAUGGAACAGUCUUUCAUUCUAAGCGGUGAAAAUGAAAAACCAUUUACAUACAUAUACAGCAUGCUUAUUGACUGGGGUAGGCAACAGGACACAAAAGCCUACAUUCAAGGAAAAAUCAAGGGUCUGAUCACUUCUGUAAAAAAAUUUCAAUAUAAACAACGCACCAAGUACGAGCUUUAUGUAUAUAUAGAUGAUGGGAGUUUCAUUUCAGAGGCCUUCAUUGACAGUGAUAUUGUGAAUAACAUGCUUGGCCUUUCUCCUGGAGAGGUUACUGCUGCACUUGCUGGUGAAUUAGAGUUUGCAUCACCCAGUGAAGUGAAAGAAACUUUGAAAGGAUUUCAGAAGUUUUUGGUGAAGUUUGAGGGUAUGAUGCUUAUCGAGUUAAACAAGAACUCUCCUGUUCCUGUUGUUCGUGAGUUAAAUGAAGGUUGCUCAAGUUCUACUGCAUGGCUUCUGCUCGGAAGGCUGAAAACAAUUUCUUCUCAGAAGAAGACCAUCCAAACUCAGGAUAUUAUGGACACCACUCCAUGAUUGUUUCGAUCCUCUAAACCCCAGCGGCUUGGUCAUUGCCUGCUCCUGACAUUCACAGUCAUCUGUUGUGGUCUUCGCAGCCGAUUAUAAUCUUUCAAUGCUGGUGCGGGUGACACAAUGAUGUGGCAUGGAAGGAGUGCUACCAAAACAUUCUCAUUGAGCCUAGAAGCUUUCGUCCAUCUCAUUCAUUUUCGUCUCAUUUUAAUAACCGUAGAAAAAGGUCCUAAAUGAUUGGCGGAGUAGAAAGGCUGACGGAGAAAGUCUGACGGUGAGAUCCUGAAGACCACAACCGUAAUCGUCGGAUGGCUGCAAUGUCAGAAUAAGUAUGAUAGAAUCCGUUCUCGAAUAUUUGUCCGUGCCCGCUAUUUUAUUUUUGGAAAAAAGCGACAAAUAAAAAAACAACAGAGGGAGUAAUUUGUAGUAGCAUUAAGAUAAUUGAGUCCUUUAUUAA